UCAAAGUCAACAAAAUUUAAGGUUAGGCGUCGCAUCAUUUUGUUUCGCAUUGUUUUUGUUACAUAUUAUGUAGUGUUUAGAAUUAAAAAUGCACUCGCCGAGUAAAGAUAGUGAAGAACCAACAUCCUCAAGUCAAGCUGAAACGCAGGAUGGCGGGAGCAGCAGCAGCUCAUCGACGGCGGCGUCGCAAACUCGACCGCCCGCCAAGCGCCCGUUUACGAGCACUGUUAUAGAAAUCUCGGAUACUGAAAGUGACGAUUCAGAUGUAUGUGCUGUAAAUUCCUAUCAGGCAUCAGCCGAUGAGGUGAAAAGAAUACGUGGAACUGAAUACUCAUCAUCAUCAUCGUCAUCAGACUACAGCUCCGAUUCUGAGGAGUCGCUGGAGGAUGACUCCCUACUGAUAGAAGACAAAGUGCAGAUAAAAGUAAUCAAAAAGCAACUCAACCCAAGAGCAGACAGAAUGGAUGACCCAAAAUUAAAUCCUUCAUUAAAGAGUGAAGAACUAAAGACUAAAUUAAAGAAUCACUGGAUAGAGAAGAAAGACUAUUCCAGUGACAAUGUGACAUUGACAUGUGACCCAUUCCGCCUGUGCCUGCUGCACGAGCUGCUGGCCAACGAGGAGAUCAUUAAUAACAUUGUGGACGACAUGAACACUAUGGACUGGUCACGCAAGAAAAUGGACCUCUAUGAAUUCCACCAAACUACUGACCUCUCCAACUUGACUUGGCAGAGAAGUAUCAGGGGAAUUUAUGAACUACUUAAGACUGAAGUUAUGAGUUGGGUGUCGGAGGUGACGGGGCUGCAGCUGACAUCCGUGUCUGCCUCCUGCUCGCUGUAUGGGCCGGGCGAUCACCUACUGGUGCACGAUGACCUGUUGGCCGACCGCCGCGUCGCUUUCAUCCUCUACCUGGCGCCGCACGAACCCCCCGCGCCACCCCCCGCACCCCGUGACGCGUGCGGAGGGAGAUGUAUGUGUGCGCGGUGGCAGGUGGCGGAGGUCCUGUCGCUGGAGCUGCCACGGCUUUCCAUCAACGGCUGGUUCCACGGUCCCGCGCCCUCGCCCACGCGCGCCUCCCCCUCCCCCUCCCCCUCCCCCGCGCCGCCAGCCCCCGUCCCGGGAGCGCCCGUGCCGCCGCACUCGGAGCUGCUGCCGCUGAGCGAGUGGGUGCAGCCGGCGUACCUGAAGCCGCGGGUGCGCGCGCAGGUGCAGGCGCAGAUGGAGAGCGCCAGCGAGGUCAGCCUGCACGACCUGCUGCUGCCGGACAAGUACCGCGACCUGCUCGACGCGCUCGACCACCCAGAUGUGCAGUGGGAGGAGGCGGGGCCGGCGGAGCAGCGGCGCUACCGGCGCGUGUCGGCGAGCUGGGCGGCGGGCGAGGGCGGCGGCGCGGUGCGCGAGCUGCUGCGGCUGGCG